GUUACAUAGUGUCGGUGGGCGGGGCAAUCUGAUCCAGAGAGAGACAAGAGAGCACACAAGGGAUACCGCAACCGUCGACAAUACAAACCACCAAACACCGUUUUCUCUGCUAUUUUAAUACAAAAGGGCUGUAUUUUGCUGUGCGACGUCUAAGUUAAGGGAUUUAUAGUAAGGGAAGGAGACAUGUCUCAGGAUAAGCCGGUCUUUCCUGUGAUGGGGGAAAGCAACCCCCUUCACAACAAUGUCUACGGGCCGCCCAAAACCGAUGCAUUUGGUAUGCCCCCACCCAAUUACAGCCAGGGUCCAGUGGCGCCUCCUUACGGUCAACCUGCCCCCUAUGAUCAGACUGGCUACGGUCAGCCUGCAUACGGCCAACCCGCGGCACCUGCGUUUGCUCCAGGACCAUACCCGCAGGCACCCUAUCCACAGAUGCCAUACGCACAGGGUCCCUUCCCUCAGGGGCCGUACCCACAGGGGCAGUACCCACAGGGGCCUUACCAGCAGGGGCCCGGACAGGGACCUGGCUUUGUUGCAGAUCCAAAUGCAUCUAUUGAAAGCCCUGGAUACCAUGGUGGAGAUGUGCCUCCCUCUUACUAUGGUAAUGAUGAGUUUUCCAGCUCGAACUGGGAAGAUAAGAGUAUCCGACAGGCCUUCAUUAGAAAGGUGUUUUUGGUCCUGACCGUUCAGCUAACGGUCACCUUCUCUUUUGUUGCCGUUUUCACCUUCUCAUCCGACGUCAAAGUGUUUGUACGAAGGAAUCAGUGGACAUACUACGUGUCAUACGCAAUCUUCUUCGUGUCGCUUAUCGUUCUCAGCUGCUGCGGAGAGUUUCGCCGUAAACAUCCAUGGAACCUCAUAGCCCUGUCCAUCCUGACCCUGAGUCUGUCCUACAUGGUGGGCAUGGUCGCCAGCUUUUAUGAUACAGAUGCGGUCAUCAUGGCAGUGGGCAUCACCGUUGUGGUCUGCUUUACAGUUGUGCUGUUCUCCCUACAGACCAAAUAUGACUUCACUUCCUGCUAUGGAGUACUUUUUGUCUGUGUGAUUGUCCUGUUCGUCGGCUCUAUUCUCUGCAUCUUCAUUCAAAACAAAAUACUACACAUUGUCUACGCCUCUAUCGGAGCCCUGGUCUUUACCUGUUUUCUGGCUGUCGACACCCAGCUUCUCCUGGGCAACAAGAAGCUGGGGCUUAGCCCUGAGGAGUACGUUUUUGGAGCUCUUAACCUCUACACUGACAUCAUAAACAUCUUCCUUUUCAUCCUGUCUAUUGUAGGUCGCACCAGAGAUUGAGUACGCCCCUCCCUUUGAGGAGAGAGAAAUGAAGUCCACCUUAAAUAGAACGGUGCAUCACCUUAUCUCUCGUUACCUUGUCUUUUAUCUUUCGAGUAUCAAGAUAUUUUUUUCACAUUCCCUAUAUUUAACACAUGUACAGGCCGGUUAGACAACAGGCUGUCUGCCCAUUUCUGGGCAUAGCGUCAGUCACAAAACCAAAUACAUUUUUAGAAAAUUCACUUAGCCCAUAUGAAUGUAGCUUCAUUAACACUCGUUUUUGUGUCGUUCUGCUCUAUUGCUUGUUGUGUCCUUCCUGAUAAAAAACGCUUCUGUGGGUCUGGAGAGUUUUAGCUAUGAUUCAGCAGCUGUAUUUAAACAGCAUGGCAAAAAUUUCACCCAACCUUUGCAUGUAGUGUUACGUUCACAGUGCUGUAAGGGGAAAGUGACAUAAACGGGCAGAGAAUCAAAGAGGACAAAUAUAUUUCAAAGUAAUGAACACUACUGAUCGACUAGUUAAUAUAAUGUUUCUUUGCAUGGUAGUCUAACACCACAGCAUAGACACAUUUCUAACAUUUGCUAAUAUAACUGUAAAUAGACAAAUAAAAGCUCAUACCGCUCCAAUCCCUAGGCAUGAAUAUAUGAAUGUCUCACAAAUGUGUGUUUUUAAACAUUACUGCUUUGUGAGGUAACAUAAACACUCCAAGAUAACAAAUGGUGGUUGUUCAGUUGACUGUAUUAUCUAUAUAAUACUGUAAGCACUGGUGAUGAGUAAAAUAAAGUAUGUAUAUAGUUUCUUUUUUCUUUGCGAGGGGUGUGGUUGUCAGGUUUGGUAAAUUGUUUCAAAGGUCAGUAUUAAGAAACUCCAUCACUUUAAAACAUACUUGAUAUCUAAUUAUUACUUUACAUACUGCUUUUUUCUUUUAAUUUUUGUUGUGUUUGUUUGUGUAUGUGUGAGAGAAAGCUAUUUUUAUUAAGAAAUAUAGAACCACUUUGUUUUGUUAAGAAAAGUGUUUUUAAAGUAUCAUUAGUUGCAUGUUAUAUUACAAAACAUUUCAUAUGCUGGAAAAAGUUGGCAGUAAAAACCUUUUGCAGGAUAACACGA